AUGAAACUUAAUUAGCGAGGUGAAAGAUGAACUGGAAACCAAGCCACCAUACACAGUAGAUUCCCAGAAGCAGAAUGAGAAACACUGAAGCAGACUGGGAACUACAUUUGUGGACUACUAUGCUACCUCUGGGGAAAUUGCAGUUAUAUGUUCUUUAGGUUGCAAAGAAUCGAGCUUUUGUCCGAUCUUAUUUUUGUCUAUUAGGCAUCUGUCUGACUCGUGCCGGAUGUAAGUCUUAAAUUCUGUGAAAUGUGUCAUUGCUACCGACUCCACUGCCUCGAAUGUCACACAGCUGACAUGAACAGAGACUCCCUUCUCCAUUCACCAGCUGGACAGCGCCCAUCUCUGCCCCAUUUUCAUUGCCGGGAAAUCCAAUCACAUCAUACAGCGGAGUAGUUUAGCAUAGAUUUUGUACAUGGCAACGAGAUAUACAACUUGUGCGCUUUUCCAGGUUUCAGAACGGGAACUGGGUUAUUACAGUUAGCAAACCCCCGUCUUGUCUUUCUGAUAACAUCGAGCAAGGAAUUAUUUUGUACAAAACAAGCCUAAUUACGUGUAGAAACGCCGCUGCAGUUCAAGAUGGCAUCUGCUGGGGAAAAUUGCGUGUGUUCAAACGUUACAAACACGCCCCCUCCAUGAAGCUGAGGAUGGGAAUGAGAAGGGAGUGAACAGCCUUCUUUACGAGUCUUUGGGGCGUUACGCAGCUGUGUUGUGGAAAGUUACGUCACGCGGGGUUGUUAAGGGCGGAGGCAAAGAAGCUACGGAGCCAGGAGUGUUUGUAGCAAAGGGGACAAUUAUAGUCGGAGCAAAGCUGUCGCCAGCCGUUACGAAGAAGAAACCGCUGGCCAACUGCGUGUUAACUGCGCCAAAAAUAGCGUAAAAUGGGUAACUGCCAUACCGUUGGACCAAAUGAAGCCCUCGUGGUCUCAGGUGGCUGCUGCGGUUCAGACCAGAAGACGUAUAUGGUGGGAGGCUGGGCGUGGGCGUGGUGGCUAAUCUCAGACAUUCAAAAACUGUCUCUGGAGAUUAUGACCAUCCUCUGUCGCUGCGAGAAUAUCGAAACCUCGGAGGGUGUCCCCUUGGAUGUUACAGGGGUCGCUCAGGUGAAAGUCAUGACUGACAAUGAGCUGCUGGCUGUUGCCUGUGAGCAGUUCCUGGGGAAGUCGGUCACGGAAAUCAAAAGCGUGGUGUUGCAAACCUUGGAGGGACAUCUGCGCUCCAUCCUGGGCACCCUGACGGUGGAGCAGAUCUACCAGGACAGGGACCAGUUUGCCAGGCUGGUGCGGGAGGUGGCGGCUCCGGACGUGGGGCGCAUGGGCAUUGAGAUCCUCAGCUUCACCAUCAAGGAUGUGUACGACAAGGUGGAGUACCUGAGCUCCCUGGGGAAGACCCAGACGGCCGCGGUCCAGAGGGACGCAGACAUCGGAGUGGCAGAAGCUGAGAGGGAUGCAGGAAUCAGGGAAGCUGAGUGUAAGAAAGAAAUGAUGGAUAUCAAGUUUCAGGCUGACACCAAGAUGGCAGACUCCAAGCGAGAGCUGGAGAUGCAGAAAGCUGCUUUCAACCAAGAAGUGAACACAAAGAAAGCAGAGGCUCAGCUGGCCUACGAGCUGCAGGCGGCCAAGGAGCAGCAGAAGAUCCGGCUGGAGGAGAUCGAGAUCGAGGUGGUGCAGCGGAAGAAGCAGAUCACCAUCGAGGAGAAGGAGAUCCUCAGGACCGACAAGGAGCUCAUCGCCACGGUGAAGAGGCCCGCCGAGGCGGAGGCCUACAAGAUGCAGCAGCUGGCCGAGGGACAGAAGAUCAAGAAAGUGCUGACUGCUCAGGCCGAGGCAGAGAAGAUCCGGCGGAUAGGCGAGGCAGAGGCAGCCUCCAUCGAGGCCGUGGGGAAAGCCGAGGCCGAGAAGAUGAGGCUGAAAGCAGAGGCGUACCAGCAGUACGGAGAGGCAGCCAAGACCGCGCUUGUCCUGGAGGCCCUGCCAAAGAUUGCUGGCAAGGUGGCUGCCCCCUUGGCCCGGACCAAUGAGAUCGUUAUCUUGAGUGGGGAUGGAAACCGUGUGACUGGGGAGGUGAACCGCCUACUAGCCGAGCUUCCUGUGUCUGUCAACGCCCUGACCGGGGUGGACCUGUCAAAGAUCCCCUUACUGCAGAAGAUGACCAAUCCUCAAGCAUAAAAACAAUCGCCGCCCUCUUUACUCAAAAUCGUCU